AAAGAGAAAGAGAAUGUGAAAGAUAAUUAAAAAAAAAACAGUGAGAGAUCCCAACUGGUCAGAGACACGUUGUCUUCAGGCAACCCAUGUGCUCACAUGGAACAUAGAGCAAAGAGAACCAGUGGGAGAGUGGGGAGAGCAGGAGCAGAAGAAGAGGAGGGGAAGAGAGAAGAAGAAGAUAGAAGAAGGGAGAGAAGAGGAGCUCUCAUCAGUUUCUCUAAGUAGGUAAGAACAGAAAGGAGAACAAGAACAAGAACUCUCGCACUUGCUAGUGGUUAACUCUUCCUUGAGAGAAGAAGAUCGAGGGAGAGAGGAGAUGAAGGAAGGGGGAGAUGGGUUCGUGCGGGCGGACCAGAUCGAUCUGAAGAGCCUGGACGAGCAGCUGGAGAGGCACCUGAGCCGGGCAUGGACGAUGGAGAAGAAGAAGGAGGAGGAGAGAGGCGGCGGCCGAGGGGAGAGGCAGAGGGAAGACUGGGAGAUCGAUCCCUCCAAGCUGGUCAUCAAAGGGGCCAUCGCCCGGGGCACCUUCGGCACCGUCCACCGCGGUGUUUACGACGGCCAGGAUGUCGCAGUGAAGUUGCUUGACUGGGGAGAAGAAGGUAACAGGACAGAAGCUGAAAUUGCUGCACUCAGGGCAGCUUUUUCUCAGGAAGUUUCUGUUUGGCAUAAGUUAGAUCAUCCCAAUGUAACCAAGUUUAUAGGGGCUACCAUAGGUGGCAGAGAUCUAAAUAUACAAACAGAAAAUGGCCAUCUUGGCAUACCGAGUAAUGUAUGCUGUGUCGUCGUCGAGUACCUUCCUGGUGGUGCACUGAAAACAUUUCUUAUCAAAAACCGGAGAAGAAAAUUAGCCUUCAAAGUUGUCGUUCCAAUGGCUCUUGAUCUUGCAAGGGGACUGAGUUAUCUGCAUUCAAAAAAGAUCGUGCACAGAGAUGUGAAGACAGAGAAUAUGCUUCUGGAUAAGACAAGAACAGUAAAAAUUGCUGACUUUGGUGUUGCCCGUGUCGAGGCUCAAAAUCCUAAUGACAUGACGGGUGAAACAGGAACACUUGGUUACAUGGCACCUGAGGUCCUCAAUGGCGAUCCUUACAACAGAAAAUGUGAUGUUUACAGUUUUGGCAUUUGCUUAUGGGAAAUAUACUGCUGUGAUAUGCCAUAUCCUGAUCUUAGCUUCUCAGAGGUUACGUCUGCAGUUGUUCGGCAGAACCUGAGGCCAGAGAUACCAAGAUGUUGCCCAAGCUCCCUGGCCAAUGUAAUGAAGAGAUGCUGGGAUGCGAACCCUGACAAGCGACCUGAGAUGGAUGCAGUGGUAGCUAUGUUGGAGGCGAUAGACACAUCAAAGGGUGGAGGAAUGAUCCCUCUUGAUCAGCCCCAAGGAUGUCUGUCAUGCUUUCGCAAGAACAGAGGUCCUUGAUGACUCAAGACUUAGCAAACCACGGCCCUUUAAUUGCUCUAAAGAUGCAGAACUUGGCGAUCAGAUUGUACCGACCUACGUAAACAAAUCUGGUUUCCUGGAGCUGAGGUGGUGGGAUCCUUGUUUUAGUUGAGGAGCUCUGCACAUCUCUCAGUCUCAUUAGUUGAUGUAAAGAAUUUUUCACCUUUGUGUGUAUUAGAAUAUUGGGCGGCCAGUUUUAGGAUUAGCUCACGUUUCAGGUAUCGUGUAAGAUGAUUCAUAUGUAAACUAUUUUGGUUUAUUUCAAUCUUCUUUUUUACAAAAAUAA